CAUUGUCCCGUACUGCGUCUGCACCAGACUCUGUCCGGUACUGCGCCUGCGCUCGACUGUCCGCUACUGCGCCUGCGCCAGGCACUGUCCCGUAGUGCGCCUGCGCCAGACACUGUCCCGUUUUGCGCCUGCGCCAGAUUCAGUCUCGUACUGCGCCUGAGCCUGACACUGUCCCCUUCACUGCACUACGCAUGCGCUGGGCCUUAAGGCCACUACCCAUGCGUCUGUAAUUGCUGAGCACUACGUAUGCGCUGUUACCGACACCGCCGUACGCAUGCGCUUAUUUGACGCAGCGCUACGUUUGUUCCUAUUUUGAAAGCGCGCUACGCAUGCAACGCUGAACCAAUAGGUGUUCCGCGACGCUCGCUUGUGCCGCUGGGAGCAGAAGCGGUCUGUUCCCGGUUUGGGCUCGAGAGUAAAACUGCCCGAGGAAAUAGACAACGGACAUCCUGCCUUGGAAGGGAGGAGAAUUUCGCUGAGCCGGCGGUCCAAGGACUCAGUGCUCGCCAGCACAUUAGUGGGUCGCAAAAUGUUUACGGGCGCAUGCGCACUGUUGCCUGGAGGACUAAGUAUAAUAAAGAUUGAUGGAUUAGCUGCGCAGAGCGACGCGAACGUACGUCUGCCACUUCCGUGUGGCUGUACGCAUGCGUCGUGCUGCCUGCGGUACAGGAAACGACCGCAGUUCCACGAAUUGGCCACUCGGCGGCAGCAGAGACCGCAGAAAGAACAACCGAUGCUGUUGACGCAGACCUGCAGUGCAGUGCUUAGUGAUCCGUUCUCUCGUGAUGACAUGGGAAGAACACAAAGUUAAAAAAGGGAGAAAAAAAAAAAAAAAAAAAAAAAAGAUGAAAAACAAGGAAAAUUUCUCCAGAUCCAGGAAGCUUGCGCUAAGUGCUUGUGAAUAUCAGUAAAAAAUGAUCGAAUUGAUGUUGUCAUGUUUUGGUUUUGUUUUUUUUGCCAGCGUCUCUUACAUUGUUUUCAAAUAUUCAAGCACUAAAAUCUAACUGCCGAGCAAAUUUAACGAUAAGGAAAUGAAGGCAUUAUUGCUGUGCCAGGGGAAGCAGCACAAUCCGCCGCGCUGCAGCGCCGGCCAUCGUCCACCGCCCGCCGCGGGCGUGACCUGGGGCGGUGUGUGCGGCGCGCCACCUUGCUUCCCGGGAAGGCGGCGCGGGCAAAAAGCGUGCUGCCCUCACCUCCCGUGGGGCCCUCACGGCCUGCAGAGCCCUCGGCUUAUGAAAGGAUUACUGGCAAAGGUGCACUGUGCGGAAAAGUUACUGAGAUGACGUCGAGCUUUGCCGGUGGAUCUGUGGUCUGAUCGGGACCGUCAGUGCCCUUCGCACAGGACCGGCUGUGGAGCGCUCGGAGCACCCCCUGAAACUCCCGUCGUCCUGGCGGCCAGCCGGCUCAGUACUGAGGGCGGAGCUACGAUAACGCCGCCCCGCCGAACGCAGUAACUCAACCAAUCGCCGCUUUCAGGCCGCGCUCACUGCGCGUGCGCCCGAACUCGUCACGGCCCCGGCCCCUCGCCAGGAGCGUUCCACCAGCCGGAGAGGGGGAGAAGCCGCAGGGGUUGCUGUGCUCUCCCUAGUCCGCCGCACUGCGGUGGCAGCGCCGCCGCCUCAGCUCCCCCCCGCCUUGCCGCACCGGUGGUCUAUGCCGAGCACGGGCAGCCGGCUGCGGGGCGUGCCGCCGUUCCCCAGGUGAGUGCGUUCGUCGUCCCUCCCGCCGUGGCGUCGUCAGCACUGCCAGCGUGGAGCUGGCCCGUGCCGAGGCGGCAAUUUCCGGUGGGGAGGCGGCGUGCAGCGGAGGCUCCGCCGGCUAUGGACGCGACUCUGGAGAAGAUGGUUGACCCUACUCUAGCAGAAAUGGGAAAGAAUCUGAAUGAAGCCAUGAAAAUGCUAGAAGAUAGUCAAAGAAAAGAGGAGGAAAAUGAAAAGAAGUAUGCACGGAAGGAUAUUCCUGGACCGCUGCAAGGCAGCGGCCAGGAUAUGGUGAGCAUACUUCAGUUAGUUCAGAACCUAAUGCAUGGUGAAGAGGAAGAGGAGUCUUCACAGGCCUGUCGACUUCAAAAUGUUGGUGAGCAGGGUCACAUGGCUCUACUGGGACAUAGUUUGGCUGCCUAUAUAUCAAUACUGGACAAGGAAAGACUGAGGAAGCUCACAACAAGGAUCCUUUCUGAUACUACUCUUUGGCUCUGCAGGCUUUUCAGGUAUGAAAAUGGGUCAGCUUAUUAUCAUGAAGAUGAUCGUGAAGGUCUCCUAAAAAUCUGUCGACUUGUUAUUCACACAUGCUAUGAAGACUAUACAGUAGAAGGAUUUAAUGUGCUAUGUAAUAAGCAGCCUGUUAUAUACAUUAGUUCUGCAGCUAGAACAGGCUUGGGCCAAGCUCUCUGCAAUCAGCUAGGAUUACCCCUCUCUUGCAUGUGCCAUGUGCCUUGUAACACUAUGUUUGGAUCUCAGCAUCAAAUGGAUGUUGCUUUGUUGGACAGAUUGAUUAAAGAUGAUGUUGAGUGUGGCAAACUGCCUUUGUUGCUUGUGGCUAAUGCUGGGACACCAGGUGCUGGGCACACAGAUAAACUUGGACGGCUGAAGGAACUUUGUGAGCAGUAUAAAAUGUGGCUCCAUGUAGAAGGUGUGAAUUUGGCAACUUUGGCUUUGGGUUAUGUCUCCUCUUCUGUACUGGCGGCCACAAAAUGUGACAGCAUGACUCUUACCCUGGGUUCCUGGCUGGGUCUGCCGGCUGUACCUGCAGUGACACUCUACAAACACGAGGAUCCUUCUUUGUCCUUAGCAGCUGGGCUGACAUCAAGUCAGCCUGUAGAAAAACUUCGUGCCCUGCCACUGUGGCUCUCUUUGCAGUACUUAGGCCAUGAUGGAAUUGUGGAGAGGAUAAAGCAUGCUUCACAACUAAGUCAAAGGUUGCUGGAAAACUUGAAAAACCUGGAUUUCAUUAAAACUUCGGUUGAAGAUGAACUGAGUUCACCAGUGGUGGUUUUCAAGUUCUUCCAGAAGUAUUUAAAUAGAGAUCAAACACCACAUGCUGCACAGACCUCAGCUAUUCAGCACUGUGUAAUAAGUAAUGAAGGACACAUUUAUGACACUUUCAAUCAGUGGCUAGGAGAGCAGUUGGCACAGCUGGUUCCUGCCAGUGGGAUUGAUGUGGUGGAAUUGGAAGAUGAAGGCACAUGUGUGCGUUUCAGCCCAUUAAUGACUUCUGCAGUUUUAGGAACUGAAAUACAAGAUGUUGAUCAGUUAGUAGACUGCUUAAAAAUGAAGAUACCAGUACUGACAAGUACACUGCAGCUGAGAGAGGAGUUUGAGCAAGAAGUGAGAAGAACAGUAGGCCUGUUGUAUAUUGAAGAUCUCAGCUGGCCAGGAUUAGGUAUUGUAAGAUACAACUAUCACAGUGAUGGGAAGAAUGAUGACAAUCAAGAAAAAGAAUUGGAAAAAAUUAACACAGAACUUCUGAAAAAAUUAAAUGAACUGGAGUCGGAUCUCACUUUUUCUUUGGGCCCAGAAUUUGGAGGACAGAAGAACUGCAUUUAUAUUGGCAUGGUAACUGAGGAUCUGGAUGUGUCGGAGUUAGUUGAAACUAUUGCAGCAACAGGCAGAGAAAUUGAAGAAAAUUCAAGAUUGUUGGAGAACAUGACUGAAGUUGUUAGAAAAGGAAUACAGGAAGCGCAACUUCAGCUUCAGAAAGCAAAUGAAGAACGACUUCUUGAAGAGGGGCUGCUACGACAAAUACCUGUAGUAGGUUCUGUGCUGAACUGGUUUUCUCCAUUCCAAGCCUCACCAAAAGGAAGAACAUUUAAUUUAACAGCAGGCUCACUAGAAUCCACAGAAUCUACGUAUGUGUCAAAAGCCCAAGGUACAGGCACUACUCCACCACCAACUCCAACUUCCAGCCUCACAAAGCAAAGACAUUCUGGUCAGAAAAUUUUUAAAAGGGGUUUCAGAAAUUCUGAUGCAUUUAGUGAGACCAGUUCAGUCAGCCACUGUGAUGAUCUGGAAAAGAUGGCUCAGAGACCCCCAACUCUGUCACCUGGCCAGGAGCAAAGACCACUGGAGACAUUAAAAAGAGAGCUGCCCAAGGAGGUGCCACAGGCAACAAAUAAAGAUACUGAAGACAUUCAAAGCAGCGAAUCACCAAAUGACUGCACAAAUGUAGAAGAACAAGGAAAUCAAAGAUAAAAACUAGACUCUGGCUUUAAGACUGUCUGGAUAAAACACAUGCCUCAUAGGACAGGAUAUUUUAAUGAUGCAUUUAGAAUGUGAACAGUGCCACAUACUAGUACAGUAACAUAAGUACUGUAACUUACUAACUGGGAUUUUGUACACAUACAAAUUUUCCCCAAACAGGAAAGAUUUGUCUUUCUGUACACUUAGUACAGUUGCUUUAAUCCUGUACAUGUUGGUGUCAACAAAGUUGCAGUGAGAUUUAUUAACUGCCUGACUGCUUGUAAACAUUUGUCAAGAAAAUAGGCAGUUACAGUUCCAAUAAGACUUCAGGCUUGACAGUAGAUACUAAUUCAGCAGCCAUGUGUAAGAUUAAGAAUACAGUUGCACCCAAGUAUUGUAAAUUGAUCUUAUGUGUAUAUUUUUAAGAAACUGCUGAUUUUUUUAAAACAUUUUUAUAUUGAAUAUUCAGUUUAGCCUCUUCAGUAAAACAGCUUAGUCAUGCUAGUUCUACUUCUGCUUUUUUUUCUUUCAGCAUUUUUACAAAUAACAUUGCCAAGCAGCUGUGGUGCAGUCAGCGUUAGGGAUGAAUGCCUGUGUGUGUAUAUACAAGUCACUGAACUGUAUUUUGUCAUCAAAAUACAUUUUUUUUUCCUAUUCAGGUGAGGCCCUGAGUAUAGGACUAAGUAAGUUACUGAGUUUUAAGCAGUUCAGAAAGAAAUAGUGCCUCUGCAUGCCUAAACGACUUCUUGAUUCUACCACUAAAAAAGAAUCACCAAUACAUUUUUUUCCUUUGCAUGACACUGGUAACACAUGUAGCAUCAUUAACUGGUCUUUUCUUGUUAUGUAUUUUUAAAGGUAGUUAGAGUAAAGCUUGGGGAAAAAAAAAGACCCACUAUAUUUGUGCUGAUUUCAACACUGACUUUUGAAUAACUUUCCUAGGGCAGGAGUUGUACAGAUUCAGUGAAAAUAUACAGUUUAUUUACACUACAGUGCAAGUUCAUAGCAUCCAGGACUACUUAAAGCACAAGUUAAGCUUUGGAUAUGUCAAAAGCUACAAUGUGCAGAUCUUCCCCCCUGCCCUCACAUGAUUUAGUGUAGUUGCUUUUCUGCAAGUUUCCAAAGCCUCUUGUGGAAGCAACAUCUUUUGGAAAGCUUGCUCUGCAACAUGGUUUUUGGAGAAAAUCUUUCAAUCUACAGAGCUAGACACAGAAUAGUUUGCUUUGUUCUUUUUUUCCAAAGGGUGUCAAUUUAAUGGCUAUAAUGGUGGCAGGAUUAACUUUGAUCUGAAAAAUGAAGUGUUUUUUUUUUUUUUUAAUAGUAAUGUCACCUCAUUUGACUUGCAGCAUUUAGAUCUUGUGGGUGAAUUUUGCUCUUGGGGUAACUUAUGUAAAUCAGAGUGCAAUUUUUCUGAAGUGCAUAAACAGUUAAGUUGACUAGUCUUCCUCAGUGAUUUCUUUGGUGCAAUGAAUAAGUUAAUAAGAGUAAUUCGUGGGGAUUAAAGUUAUCACCACAAUGAUUAUUUUCUAAUGUUUUUAUAUUUGGAAUUGUUAAACCAGUAGUUUUGGUGGAAUGAGCUUCAUUCUUCAGCUCCUAUCUGACUGUUUCAAUAAAGAAUCUUCAAAUGAUUAUUCUAAAGA